UACACGAGUUUAUGAAGUAUUUUAAAAGUUUAAUCAUUAUUUUAGAAUACUCUUAAUUGUAUUAAUUCAGGUUAUAAACAAAAUAUUUCAGGUUAUAAAUAAAAUGAGCGAAAGCACAAGUACGCGAACGAACACACAGACAAAUGAUACGGAAUCAACUGAAAAUCCGCUGAUUGUAGAUAGAUGGACAAAUAAUAUAACGUACCGUCAACUAGUUAUAUCGUCGUGCAUUGGUAUAGUUCAAUUGUGGUGGCAUCCCUAUGUUCACGACCUCACCAAAUUGCUGCCAUUCAUCUUCUUAUAUAAUUUGUUCAGUAUAUUUGUUGGCUAUCCAAUGUUUUAUCUGGAGCUAGCGAUUGGCGUGGUCACUAAGAAGGGAGUACUGAGUUGUUGGGAUUUAUCGCCCAUUGCUAGAGGUAUUGGCUUCUCUAUGCUGUUGUGCUGCAUCGUCACAGCACUAGCGUUGGGCGUGGUGAGCGCUUGGUGCCUGGCGAUGCUGGUGCACUCGUUCCAUUCGUUUCUCCCGUGGCUGCACUGUGCUGCGAGUGCCCGACCUGCUUGCGCGGCGCGACAUCGGCCGCUCCCGCGAGGCAGUGAGACACCGUCACAGUCUUUUUUCUUUAAUUUUGUGCUGAGCCUAAAGAGGGAAGGCUUAGACGGUGGUUUAGGCAAUGUAGUCUGGGAACUGACUUUUUACUAUGUCAUCUCUUGGAUUCUGAUCUAUUUGAUCACCGUCAAACGAAUAUACAGCUACUCUAAGUUGGUAUUGUUCAAAGAUGUUCUGACAUACUUUGUGUUACUAUCAUUCGCGUUGGGAGCACCAAGACUCAAUGGCGCCGGUCGUAUGUUCAGUGCUUGUGACUGGGGAGUGCUGCAAAAUGGUUUACAGAUGUGGCGUGAAGCAAUAGAAUAUUCUUUAAUGGAAAUGACGGUGUCUCAUGGCGUCCUCGUGAUGCUCGGCGUUUACUGUCCUAAGCAGCAACACCGUCUAGCCACCACUUCGCUGCUGGCGUUCGCUGCUUCCAAGUCUACAUGCAUGUGUAGCGUGUUUGUUCUAGGAGCUGUUCAUGGCGCAUUACAACAUGAUUAUGAUAACAGUACUAAUAUUUGGAGUGGCUCAGCUUCAACGAUGGUUCUAUGGUCAGAUUUCGUGACGAGGGUGCCCGGCAGUCAAUUUUGGUCUGCUCUUUUAUUCUUCACAAUGUUUGUGGCAUCUCUAUCCUCUACGGCCUUGUUAGUCCAGACAAUAAUGUCAACUUUCACUGGCCGCUCGAUCAGAAAGAUUACUUGGGCGUUCCUAGUACUAAACUGCUCAUUGUUUUGCUUUAUCGGCAUAAUUACAUUGUGUACACAGGGAGGUUUGUACAUUCUGAAUUUUCUAAUGGAAUGGCCUGUAAUGAAGCCCCGUGUGUUUAUUUCGGCGAUAGUAGCAAUCGUGGUCACAUACAUUUACGGACAAACAACGUUCAGUGAAGAUGUGUAUUUCGCAGUGGGAGAAUACCCAAGCGUUUUUAUGAGGGUUUGCUGGGCGCUAAUGCCUGUAUUGUUGGUGAGUUUAUUUUUAGGUGAUAUGUGCACGUGGCCUUCGGUUGACUCGGUGGCUGGUUGGAUUAUGGUGGUUAUUACCGCAUUGCCUAUUGCGGUUGUUAUGUUCGUCUACAUGGUCUUCAAGUGCAGAGUUAGAAACAUGGUGGGCAACGAAAAAUAAAUCCAUAUAAAAAU